AUGAGCGGCAUUUCAUCAACACCAUCCCCCAUCCUCUCUACCCGCCUGCAGGAGCUCCUUUCCCGCCGCGCCUAUCCCAAGACACUCUGUCCCUCAGAGAUUGCGAGGUCCCUGUCGUCUGGAGAGCUGCGCGAGCUAGGAGUGUCAGAAUGGCGCGAUCUCAUGCCACAGCUGCGACAGAUGGCGUUCGACGCCAGAGACAGUGGUGAGCUAGACAUCCUCCAGAAGGGGGAAGUCGUACCACGCGCCAUGGGACUAGCGGAUGUCAACGGUCCUAUUCGGAUCAGAAAGGUCGUAGAGAGCGAACCUGGCACAUGA